AAAUAAAAAUUACUUAUUGGCUCGUCCAUCUGAACUCAACAUCAUUCAGCUCGACGGUAUAAAAUUAUUAAUUUAAUUAAAAUUGUAAUUAAAAAAUAGGUGUACAACAAAUGAAACAAAUUACACUGAAAGGUGCGCGGUAUUAAGUGAAUCAAUAAAUAUUAGACAAAAUUAAACUUUAUUUUAUAAUUUUUUGUGUAUACUCUUAGGAAUAUGUUAUGAGGUUUGAAAGAAAAAAACUUAAACAAAAAAAUUAAAGUAUUUCAGGCGAAAGAAUAUAAAAAAAAGAUGCACACCCAAUUAAAGAGAAAUAGCUUUAAUUAUUACAAUUGAUAUGUUUACCCUGAAGCACGAAAAAUUAACAUAAUUGGGUUUUCGGUGAAUAUUUAUGAAGAAAGCACGUAAAGGAAAUAUUCGUAGUGCAUCUGCAAGCAUACACACAAACGUGUGUAGAAUAGUGUACGUCAAAAAGUGCUUACAUACUUAAAAGUAUGGAUUCGGUUAGUGCUAAUUACGAUGAAUUUCAGCAUAACGAAAUUACAGCCAUACCACGCUAUGGUUUAAAAUUGAAAUUCGAUCAUGUCUGGCCAGAAAAACGUAAUCAAAAUGUACGGCCUUCCAUUAAGCAAGCGCUGCCGCUGUUACCGUUAGCUUACAGAUAUGCUUCAUAUUAUUGGAAAGUCGCACGUGAGGGUAGACGUUGCUAUAUGGACUAUUAUUAUAUGGAAAAUGGGAAACAAAUGUACGGUGUACCUUUGGGCGGAAUAGGGGGUGGCAGCAUUGGACGAGGCUACGCUGGUGAAUUCUGUCGCUUCCAAAUGCGACCCGGCAUAUAUGAGUACAAUACCGUACACGCAAAUCAAUUUAUUGUUACUAUUAAGGAUCAGAAUGGAGAUACCAUCUUCCAAAGCUUACUUUCGAAAAACACCGGCUGUAUUACGCGCUCCAAGCAGCCGUUGAAUUCGUGGCACUCGAAAAUGGAUGAUAAAAACUGUCUCUAUACGGGAUUGUAUCCGCGCUCAUGGACCGAAUACGAUCUCUCCGAGCACGGUAUACAAUUGAUAUGCAGACAAAUAUCACCAGUUAUACCGCAUGAAUAUAAGGAUUCAUCCAUACCGUGCGCCGUAUUCAUAUGGACCGUCGAGAACGUAAGCGAUGAAGAGCGUACCGUUUCUAUAACAUUUACCUUCAAAAACGGUACCGGUAAUAAGAAACAGGAUGCGGAAGGCUUGCCAUCUUCUUCAUGUUUUUGUGAGGGGAACGCCAAGGGAGUGAUUAUCAAUCAGAAAAUUGCUGAUAUGCCAUGCGCCUAUAAUUUAGCUUGUCGAAUUCUUCCCGAAAUCAGUAUUACGCGUUGCACGCAAUUCGAUCCAAUGGGAAGUGGCGAGCAAUUGUGGUCUCAAUUAAAGGAACAAGGGCAACUAAAUGAAACAGCAGCUGACGAAUCUUUAAAAUCUAAGGAUCUGGGUGUGGCGAUUUGUGCUAGAGUCUCUUUAAAAGCAAAAUCAUCUCACGACUUGGAAUUCGUUUUGGCUUGGGAUAUGCCAAUUGUACAUUUUCCAAAAAAACUUAAAGCUUAUAAACGUUAUUAUACGAAAUAUUUUAACGCUACUGGUGAAUGUGGUCCAAAAUUAUGCGAAUAUGCCUUGAAGCAUUUUGGCAAUUGGGAGAAAUUAAUUCAUGCCUGGCAGCGGCCAAUUUUAAGCGAUGACGGUUUACCCGAAUGGUACAAGUCGGCCAUUUUCAAUGAAUUGUAUUUCAUCUCCGAUGGUGGUUCGUUAUGGCUAAUGUGCGAUUCGUCAUUAGGUGAAGAGUUAGACUAUAAUGAUCCUAGAUUAGCCUAUGGACGCUUUGGUUUAUUAGAAGGACAUGAAUAUCGUAUGUACAACACAUAUGAUGUGCAUUUUUAUGCCUCGGUUGCUUUGGCCCAUUUAUGGCCCAAUUUACAGGUUAGCAUUCAGUAUGACUUCAAAGAUGCCAUAUCCGCUGAAUUGCUGGAUGCCCGUAAAAUGUUAUAUGAUGGUAAAAUUAUGCCACGUAAAGUUAAGAAUUGUGUACCUCAUGAUUUGGGUGAUCCUGAUGAAGAACCUUUCACUCUAAUUAAUUGUUAUAAUAUACACGAUGUUAACGAUUGGAAAGAUCUUAAUACGAAAUUUGUGUUGCAAGUCUAUCGCGAUUAUUAUAUAUUGAACGAUCUUGCUCAAGCACAAGCUGAUAAUGCCAGUAAAUUUAGUUCUAUUGAAUUUAUAGAUAAGGACAGUUUAUAUGAAAUGUAUUCACAAGAUAAUAAACGUAAAAACUCAGCCGAAGAGAAAAAAGAAAAUCGAAAAUCCGCUUCUAUGUACAUCAAUGAAACAAAUGGUAAAGUCUAUUUAAUGGAUGCCAUUACUUAUCUUAAAGCCAUGUAUCCAGCAUGUAAGGCUAUCAUGGAACGUAGCAUGGAAUAUGAUCAAGACAAUGAUGGUUUAAUUGAAAACAGCAAAAUGCCAGAUCAAACAUAUGAUUCGUGGGUUAUGGAUGGUCCUAGUGCCUACUGUUCUGGUCUUUGGUUAGCAGCUUUGCAAACUAUGGCAACUAUGGCCACUCUAUUGGAUCAACCUAAUGAUUUUUUACGUUAUCAAGAUAUUUUGGAAAAAGGAAAACAUUCAUUAGAAGAGAAACUCUGGAAUGGCCAUUAUUACCGUUUCGAUACAGCGCCUGGGCACAAAGAUACAAUUAUUGCCGAUCAAUUGUGUGGUCAUUGGUACUUAAAAACUUGUGGUUUUGAUUACGAGAUCUAUCCAAAGGAGAAUGUACGGUCUGCUUUGAAAUGUAUUUACCAAAACAACGUUUUAAGUUUUCACGAGGGUAAUAUUGGUGCGGCAAAUGGUUUCAUAACUAAUCAUUCAGACCCUACUAAACCGGGCCACGUAGAUACUAGCAGUAUACAAGCCGAGGAGGUAUGGACUGGAGUUACAUAUGCACUGGCUUCAUGCAUGAUACAAGAAGGUAUGUUUGAGGAGGCCUUUCAAACAGCUGGCGGUCUUUAUAGAACUAUUUCCGAGAAAUGUGGAAUGAAUUUUGAAACUCCGGAAGCGUUUUAUGGGGAAAAACGUUACCGCUCCAUUGGUUAUAUGAGAGCUUUAAGCAUAUGGUCAAUGCAAGUAGCUUGGGAAAGGCGUAAAGCUCUAAGAGACUAAAUCAUUUUAAAAUCGCUUAUCAUUCUUGUUAUUUUCUUCUUUUUCUUUUUCUUUUUUUUUUUUUUUUUAUUAGUUAUAACUGAACGUAAACAAUUGUUUAAAGAAAUUUUAUGGUGCAGGAAAAGUACAAGUAUUAGACUUUUUAUGUUAAUUGUAUAAGAGAAACCAAAGAGUUAGUUACUAGAAGAAAGGACAAUAGAAAUGCAUAUGCAAUGGAAAGGUAAAAUCUAACUCAAUUGUUAAGUAUUGACAAGAAAAAAUCCUAAUUUCUGUUCCAGAAGAAGCUAUUUUAUUUUCUUCCCUUUUUUUGUUGCUUUUCGUAAAAGAAAGGACAACAUUUUUAGUAACGAAAUAUUUCUUAAAAAAAAAAAAAAGAAAAAAAGAUAAGACCCCGCCUCUAGAAUGCAUUUUUAGAAAGGUAUUUUUUAAACUACUUGAAAAGAGCUUAUGGUGCAAAUGAAAAGUGCUUUGAUAACAAUUUUAAUGAUAGAAUUAAUGGAAAGAUUUUUAUGUAUUCAACAUAAUAAUAGAAGUCUCUCAUGCAUUUAAAAAAGAAACAGUGUUACAAAUUUAUUUUAAAGCGAAACAAAUAUUGAAAAAUUAUUCAAUUUUUACGUUUCUGUUUGCGUACUGCUUUACAUCACAAAAUUAUUGUUUUUUCUUUUUUUUUUUUGUUUUUUUUUUUUUUUUAGUCAAAUAUAGUUGAAGUAUCACAUGUUAUUACUUAAAGCUCUUUUUUAUUGCAUAGUUUUUAUUUUAAAAAUACUUUGUACUCAUUAGCAAGCAUUUUAUUGUUUCGUAUCCACCAUCGGCCAGUAUAGCUUAAUAACUAUAUCGUUCGUCUGCCUAUUUUUGAUAUUUUCACAGUCAUAAAAGUAGAAACGAAAUACGCAUAUAUUCCCUGAUAGACUGAAAUUAAUCUAAAAUAUUUCUCGAAUAUUUACCAGAUUUAUAAUUGCUGUAAAAAUAACUUGAGAUGGUGGAUGCCCAAUAUUCGCCUCUGGACGAAUACAGUAUUUUUCUAUUCCUUACAUUUGUUCAUUA